ACAAUAGAUGUUUUCUUUAGACAAAAAUGGAAAGAUGAACGUUUAAAAUUUAAAGGACCUAUGAAUAUCCUUCGACUUAACAAUUUAAUGGCUAGCAAAAUCUGGACUCCAGAUACCUUCUUUCACAAUGGGAAGAAGUCAGUAGCUCAUAAUAUGACAAUGCCAAACAAGCUGCUUCGCAUCCAGGAUGAUGGGACUCUGCUGUACACAAUGAGGCUUACAGUUCAAGCUGAAUGUCCAAUGCACUUGGAGGAUUUUCCGAUGGAUGCUCAUUCGUGCCCUCUGAAAUUUGGCAGCUAUGCAUACACAACCUCAGAAGUCACUUAUAUUUGGACUUACAAUGCAUCUGAUUCAGUACAGGUUGCUCCUGAUGGCUCUAGAUUAAAUCAGUAUGAUCUACUGGGACAAUCCAUUGGGAAGGAGACGAUUAAAUCCAGUACAGGUGAAUAUACUGUAAUGACAGCUCAUUUCCACUUGAAAAGAAAAAUUGGGUAUUUUGUAAUUCAGACCUAUCUGCCUUGCAUCAUGACUGUCAUUCUCUCCCAAGUGUCAUUCUGGCUUAACAGAGAAUCUGUGCCUGCAAGAACUGUGUUUGGUGAGUGA